AUGUACCACAAAUCACCCUUCCUGAUGGUGGGCUCUCCCAUUCUCGGGACUGGCACCGGCGGCGGAACGGUGGUCGGCGGCGGCCCGUCGGGUGGCAGUGACAAGCAACGGUUGCGGAAAAUGAGCUCACUGCUACUUCCGGUAAAGCUUAGCAAACGGCGGUGCUAUUUGUGUCUGAAGAUUGCCGUCCUCGUGGUGGUGUUCGGGCUGUACUUUAUGCUGCUACUACGGGAAUCGAUGAGCGCCUUGACCGCUUCCUCGUCGUCCUCAGCUGCGUCCUCCUCCGCGGGAUCGGGAUCCUCUCCGUUCGCGUCGUCAUCGGCGGUGCCAUCGUUUGCCGCCGUCCUCUCGCAACGGACCAUCGGCGGCAGGCAGGAAACAAUGAUGAGUAAGCGGAACGAGAGGGCGAAACACAACAGUGUGGCGGGCGCCGAGGGCCGUCGGUUUGCCAAAGCGGGCAACAGUAAACAGCAGCGUCCGUUCCCACCGCCGUUGCAACCGGACGUGAAGGAAGGAACGCACGGUGGUCGGCCGGCACCGGCCGGUGGCAAUCAGUCCACGUUGAACCCGGUCUACGAGUACUCGGACGAGAUGAACGCGGCCGCCGAGACGGACUUUAACGAGCGACGCAUGAUGCUGUGGAACGUGUGUGCCGAGCAUCGGAUCAUCGGCAAGUACCCACCGAACGCGUGGGAGUUCUUCAUCUCACCCGGCCACGGGAUCGCGUGGUGUAACAUUUUCAAAGCGGCCAGCAGCACCUGGAUGUACUACUUCAACAUACUCGGUGGUUACAGUGUGCAGUACCUACAGCGUACCAAGGCUUCGCCCAUCGAUCUGGCCCGGAAGCGUUUUCCGCGGCCCACCACCAACGAGCUGAACGACUACAUUUCCAACACGAUCUCGUUCCUGAUCGUGCGGGAACCGUUCGAGCGGCUGCUUUCGGCGUAUCGGAACAAGCUGGAAGGAUGCCGGAACAAGUACUACAAGCUGCUCGGGGAGCAGAUUGUGAAAAAGUUCCGGAAAGCAAACCCACUCAAGGGCUCACAGAAAACACCGCACGGUCCCACGUUCCGGGAGUUUCUCGAGUUUCUCGUGAGCCACUAUCGGUCGGGGGGCCGCUUCGACGAGCACUGGAGCCCGGUGUACUCGUUCUGUACACCGUGCAGCAUCAACUUCACGCUGAUUGCCAAAAUGGAGACAUUUCAGCGCGACAGCGAGUACAUCAUCCGGCAGGCCGGCCUCGAAACGCUGCUACUCAACAAGAUGCCCCGCUACAAGGCUCGCUGGAUAACGAAUCGUUCCACGAGCGACACCCGGAACUUGAUUCCCAGAUACUUUGCCCAAAUCGACGAAAAGCUACUGACGGACGUGCUGGAAAUCUACCAGCUGGACUUUGAGCUGUUUGGCUACAACAGCACCAAGUACUACGGCUACGUUCAGUCGCCCGACUACGGAUAG